CAAGCAAUCAGCUGUUCUGUUUCGUUGGCAGUAAUCGAUAUGUCAUCGUUAGCGGAAUCCAAACAACAGAAACAGAAACGGACACAUCGCCUCAAUUUGUUGAUUGCAUCCACUGCCAGUUCGCUGCCACGCUGCCAAAAUUUAAAGUUAUAAAUGCAAAAAACGGCGUACGCAUUCAGGGAUUUGGAAAACUCGCCACGCACCAUGCUAAUGCGUGACUGGCGUACCGCCCUGCGUACGCCAAGCUAUCGAAUUGGCAAUCGCUCGGUCCGGUUUAAUUAUCACUUUGCAUUGCUUGUGUUUUGUGCUGUGGUUCUAGUAUUACUCUUUAUAUACGCGCACCAAGGCAGUCGCAGCUCCUCCGAUGGUUACUGGCUGCGCUCCCAAUAUGCCAGUGAAGCCACCUCUGUGCUCUCGAUACCCUACAACUCAACGUAUCCAUUGACGCAGCCUCUGAGUGUGCAAGGCGGCGUUAUCAGCUAUCGGAUUGCUAUGAUAGCAGAUCUAGAUACCAGCUCGAAAGUUGUUAAGGGCGACGGCAGCACAACGUGGCGAAGCUACCUAAAGAAGGGCUAUCUCACGUAUCUGCCAAAGAAGCAUGAGCUACAAAUAAACUGGGAUGCAGGAGCACCCACAGCCUUGGAGUCCUCGUUUGCGCUGAAAGGACGUGGCAUGGAGCUCUCCGAGCUAGUCACAUUUAAUGGAAAGCUGCUGAGUUUCGAUGACCGAACUGGGCUUAUUUACGAACUGACCAAUGACAAGGCCAUACCCUGGGUAAUACUGCUCGACGGUAAUGGCCACAAUGCCAAAGGCUUCAAAUCAGAGUGGGCAACGGUAAAGCAGCAAACUCUGUAUGUGGGCUCCAUGGGCAAAGAAUGGACAACUAGUAUGGGUGACUACGAAAACAAUAAUCCCAUGUAUGUCAAGGCUAUCAGCAUGGCAGGCGAGGUGCGAUCCAUAAAUUGGGCGGAAAACUAUAAGAAACUGCGUCUAGAAUCUCUCCAGAUAAGCUGGCCCGGCUACAUGAUACACGAGAGCUGCGCCUGGUCAGAAGUUCACCAGCGCUGGUAUUUUCUGCCACGUCGCUGCUCUAAGGAAAAAUAUAAUGAAACCAUGGACGAGCACAUGGGCUGCAACAUUCUAAUCUCUGCGGACGAGCACUUUAAUGUUAUAGAAACAGUCAAGUUGGAUGCUGCCAAUACGGCGCCUACUCAUGGUUUUUCCAGCUUCAAAUUUCUGCCCAACACACAGGAUUCCAUAAUCGUAGCACUCAAAUCGGAGGAGCUCAAUGGCAAGACAUCCACCUUUGUGACGGCCUUCAGCGUGGAGGGCAAAACAUUAUUGCCAGAGACACGUGUCGAGACGGACUAUAAAUACGAGGGCUUUGAGUUUAUAUAGCAAAGCGUCGCUGCUGUAAUAUUUCGUGUAUAUAGUGUAUUAUCCGGUAUAUAUAUAUAUAUGUUUAUGUAUAUAUAUGUUAGCCUCAAGUUUAUAUAUAGCUUAAAUAUUAAGUUGUCAGUUAGGAGAUGCUCUUAGACCAAUGCCAUAAAUUAUGCUGUUAAAAAUACUCUGUUUACAAUGUGAGAAGGGUUUAUUAGCUUGGAGCAAUGGCUGUCCGCUUAUUUAGUAUUUCGUUUAAGACAAAAUUGCAAAUUUUGUUUAUUCUUAAAUUAAUUUUUGUUAAUCACUGACGUGGCGCGAAGCUAAGGUGCCUAAAUUACUAGCAUAGAAAAAAGUUCAUUUAUUAAUAUUUUUCAACAAUGUUUAUUGUCUUGUAAAGAUACCAUUUUAUUUCUAAUUGAUGUAGAUAUUGCGAUGUCUCGAAGACUUUGACAAGGUUUCAAAUUUCAAUUAAAAAUGAACAACUUUUUGUCAAAUAGGUUUUUAUAACUUCUUAAAAAAAUUAAAUUUAUCUUAUAGGAAUAAGAGUUUUUAAACGGAGAAUUAUCUUAUAAAAUAAUGUCUUAAAGACCUUUACAUCACAGAACAUUUCUAAUUAAUCUUAAAUAAUUAAGUUAAACCACUAUUAAUGAAUUUUAAUAGAUCGAUUGCUCCUAGACUAGUGACAAGUAUAGAUAAUAUAUUAGGCUUUACCGUUUUACGUAAACAGAGUAUUGUGCAGUCGGUGUGCAUGCAAAAUUAUCUUUUUUGUUUUGACAUGAAUUUGGAAUCUUGUAAUAUAUACGUAGCGAAAGCCAA